AUGUAUACUUAUAGAUAUCCUAGAAUUUUAAAAGGUAAGAAAUCGACAAAAGAAGCCACUGAUGAACACGUAAACUCUGGUGAUAAGCUUUUUCCAAAGAUAAAACCAAGAAACAUCAACAUAAAUUAUGUAACCGAAGAAAAAGAGACGAAGACUAUCAUCACAUGCGUGAGUUUACCUUCUGCUUUUCACUUUAGCUCGAGGCUAAGUCUCGUGGAUGUUCCGGCUUAUGGUUCCUUGUCGUUGUCGUCUCUCAAAACUCUUCGCCUUUUAUCCGUCAAGUUCUCAAGGGACGAAUCUGUUCAGAAGCUUCUAAGCAUUUGUCCAGUUCUUGAAGAGUUGGUUGUAAGACGAUCCGGAUAUUCCAAUGUGAAGAUCUUCACUAUCAAUGUGCCUACUUUGACGAGUUUAUAUAUUAAUUAUUUAAAACUGGGAUCUCAACCCGCGGGUGUUCAUGGAUUUGUCAUAAAUGCUCCUUCUUUAAGGUACCUGAACAUUAAAGACCGUCACAGUAACUAUUUGCAGUUCACAAAUAUGCCGGAGCUUGUCAAGGCGAAUGUUGAGGCUGUUUGUAAUCAAUCCGAGAGUCUAAUAGGAUCUCUUGCCUCAGUCCGUCAUCUCUCUUUGUGUUCUAGAUUUUCAAACAUUCCAUACCAUGAUGUAGGCCCUUCCUUCGUCUUUCUUGAACAUCUAGAGCUGUGUACAUGUUCGUCUGAGUGUUGGAAUCUACUUGCCCGCAUGGUUAAAGACCCUCUAAGACUUCGAGUUCUCAAGCUUAAGUCGGUGGUGCUUGUUGUUAUUUUCCAUGACGCCAGUGUUUCUUAUUGGGAAGAAAUAACGUACAAGGAAUGA